AUGGUCGAGAGACUGAGGCCCGAGAUCUACCCCAAUCACGGAAGUGGUAGCUCCAGUCACAGAAGUGGUGGCUCCGACUUCUUAGACACGAGCGGUGGCAUAGCCAUCUUUGUCGUCGGCAUCGUGAUCGCCGCAGGCGUAAUUCUCGGCUUGUUGUCCCAUCUCCUGCAGAGCAGGAGGACGGGUCACUUUGAUUAUCAGUCGAGAGGCACACAGGCGGGUCACUCCGGUUAUCAGACGAGAGGCACACAGACGGGUCACUCCGGUUAUGAGACGAGAGGCACACAGACCGAUGCGGAAUGA